GCCACGAGCUGGGAGAGGGGGCAGCAGAGAGGGCGCGAGCGAGAGAGCGACGAGCGGCAAAGAGUGAAGUGGCGGCGGCGGCGGCGAGCGCAGGGCCCCGCGAGCAUGAGCGCGGCAGCGGCGGGCGCGGCGCGGGGCGCGGGGCGGGCGGGUGGGCAGGCGGCUCGGGCCGCACUGUAGCCGCGGGCGGGCGAAGGGGCAUGCGGCCAGCGGCGGCCGGACCACCAGCCGGAGCCCCAGCCCGAGCCCGCACCCCAGCGCCGCGCCGCGCCCCGCGCGCCUAGGAGCGGGCACCUUCCCUGCGCCGGCCCGGACCCCCGCGUCCCCCAGCCCCUGGAGUCGGACAACUGUUGCGGCGGCCGCGGCACCGCGGGGGCGUGGGGGGCCCCGGCCCCGGCAGGAGGCUGAGCCCUGCGGGCGCGGCUCCAGGCGGCGGAGCAAGGAGCGAGCGGCGGCGGGCACGAGGCAGCUCCGGACGGCCCCAUGCAAGCCAAACGAUGACCAGUUGUGGCCAGCGGUCCCUGAACGUGCUCACCGUCCUCUCACUGCUGGUUCCGGCAGUCUUGUCCGCGCAUUUCCGGGUCUGUGAGCCGUACACGGACCACAAAGGCCACUACCACUUUGGCUUCCACUGCCCCCGGCUCUCGGACAACAAAACCUUCAUCCUCUGCUGUCACCAUAACAACACGGUGUUUAAAUACUGCUGCAACGAGACGGAGUUCCAGGCGGUGAUGCAGGCGAACCUCACAGCCAGCUCCGAGGGCUACGCGCACAACAACUACACCGCCCUCCUGGGCGUGUGGAUCUACGGCUUCUUCGUGCUGACGCUGCUGGUCCUGGAUCUCCUGUAUUACUCGGCGAUGAACUACGACAUUUGCAAGGUUUACCUGACGCGGUGGGGCGUCCACGGACGGUGGAUGAAACAGGACCCGCAGCGGUGGGGGAACCCUGCCCCGCAGCCCCCGCCUCCCCCUGGCCCCCUGCCACCAGCCCCCCCGGCCGUGCACACGCUGCAGGGAGACCCCCACAGCCCGCCGCUGGUGACCUUCCAGAGUUCGUCUGCCUGGCGCCCAGAGGUGCUGGGGGGAGGGGUGCGGGGCCAGGUGGCUUUGGCCUGGAACUCCAUCCGGCAUGCCCGUCGCUGGACGCUGCAGCCCAUGCGUGGCAAGAAUAAGGGCUCGGGGCCCCCUGGGCUGGUCGCCAGGCUCCGUGCUGCCCAGCUGUGUGUCCUCGGGCAAGCUGCUUGCCCUCUCUGA